UUUUUUUUUCGUGAAGCUUAGUGUGUAUGAAAGUGAAGGAGACCAAUGGCUUGCUUUGCUUGAUUUCAAGCCAAUAGACUCUGACAAUUACCCCUAAUCCGCCGCAUUCCGGCUGACAAAACAAAUCACCUCCGAUGCUUUCCGGGCGCCACUCCGCCCUCCUACUCUCCCCCAUUUUUUUUGGGAGGAUAAUAACUUCUCCAAACAUGAUCGAAUCAUGAGCCAGGUUUCCCUUGUGUGGGACGCUAAGCCAUCGUCGCAGUUCGCAGUUCCCGAUCGCGGCCCCUCACUUGGCUUGAUAUAGAUACCUUGUGACGCCAGUAUUCCGAGGUGCAUUGGUUGGCACUUAGUCUUACAUUCCCGAGCCAUAAUAAAUAAAGUGUUUUUCUUGUAUCAUUACCUUUUUUUGUUUCACUGAACCUACGUCACUCCCCUCCUUGUUAGCAACAAAUCUCAUCACGGACGACAAGAUCUUUGUAUAUUAACAUAAGUUCUGACUGAUCAAGCCAGAAACCUUUCCCUCCACAAUGCCCUCAAUAAACAUUCCCCCUACCGAGCUGGUAGCGGACUCCAACAUUUUUGGCGGGAAUGCUGUCGCCCGGACUAGACGUACACAGCCGAUUGUAUACUCGGGCAGCCUCGACCAGUACAAGCAGGCCGACGUGACUCCUGUUAUCGGCACGGAAUUUGAAGGCCUGCAGAUUCGGGACUUGCUCAAGGCCGAAGACCAUGUUAUAAGAGACCUUGCCGUCACGAUAUCACGCAGGGGUGUGGUGUUCCUGAGGGAGCAGGAUGUCACCCCAACAGAGAUGAAGGACUUUAUGCUGAGGUUGACAGACCUGGCCGGUUGCCCCGAAUCAUCAGGCCUGCACGUCCACCCCCUGACGGAGGAGGGCUCCGAGCUGGGCGACCAGAUCUCCGUCAUCUCGUCCGAGAAGCAAAAGAAGGGCGGCGGCCUGACCCACAUGCUCUCCGACGUGUCGCGCCUGGCCUCUGCCGCCUGGCACACCGACAUCUCGUUCGAGCCGGUGCCGUCCGACUACGCCAUGCUCAAGAUCCACACCCUGCCCCCGACCGGAGGCGACACCCUCUGGGCCUCGGGCUAUGAGGUUUACGACCGCCUCAGCCCCGCCAUGCAAAAGAUGCUCGAGGGCCUGACGGCCACCCACGACGCCACCUUCUUUCUCGACGAGGCCGAGAGGCUGGGCAACCCCCUGCGUGAGGGCAUCAGGGGCAGCCCCUUGAACCAAGGCAAGGGCCUCAAGGCUGUGCACCCUGUCAUUAGGACGAACCCCGUCACGGGUUGGAAGUCCGUCUAUGUCAACCGCGGCUUCACCAAGCGCAUCAACGGCGUGACGCGCGACGAGUCCGACCUCCUCCUCCCUUACCUCUUCAACCUGGUGACGCAGAACCACGACGCCCAGGUGCGCUUCAAGUGGCGCAAGAACGACCUCGCCAUCUGGGACAACCGGAGCACGUGGCACUGCGCCACGUACGAUUACGACGACGCCCGUGCUGGGGACCGCGUCGCGUCGUUGGGUGAGGCGCCAUACCUGGAUCUGACGAGUUCCGGGCGGAGGGAGGCGUUACUGAGAGAGGAGAACGAGGGCAAGAGGGGGGAAAAGAGAAAGGCUGCACCUUGAUGUAUGAACGAGAACACGUAAAAAUGACAGAAAAAGAAAAAAAAAUUAUAACUUUUCUCUUUUACCCCUUUUAUAUGAUAACGACUUUGCCGCCUUUACUGAAUGUGCUGCUGGUGCUAUCAACAGAGAAUAUAAUACACUACCAAGCGUUGAUUGAAAGGAUAACUUAGAAACAGGAACAUGAACAGGACAACAGAAAGAAU